AUGUAUUUAACAAAUUCUAAGGAAGAUGAUAAUGUCAAGAAUUUUGAGAAUCCUAAUGAAGAAAUUGUUAAAGAUUAUGAAACCCUAGGUUUAGAAAAUCAUAGGACUGCUGAAAAUUUGGGGAAACUUGGUCUAGGCUGUUAUGAUGAUAUUGAUGUUAAUAUUGGCGCUCCCACUGAGGCCAAAAGUAACUCUGUAUUGGAAUCACUCAAGGAAAAUGUUCUUGAGACAGAUGUUGCACCUGAUGCUACAACAUCUGCAGUACAGGGAAAUUUGGAGAAAAUUGUCAUACCCGAAUCUCCAGAUACUGCGAAUAUUCCUGAAAAGGAGAAAUCUCCAAAAACAACUAAGGUUGACAAUGUUUCUGGUGAUAAUAUUGUUGUGAUCUCUCAAUCUGAUGAGAGUUUGAAAACUGUGUCUGAGCAUAGUGAAUCUGCUAAGAAGGACAAAAAUGCAGAUCUGAAUUUGAUUGAUGUGGACAAUCUCAACUAUGGAGAAAGUCAAGUUGAGAAGACUCUUGCUCCUAUUGCUAAAAGAUUGAGAAGUAGGUCUGGUAAGGGUGUUGCUACAAGAAGUAAGAAAACCAAUACACCAAGCAAGGGAAAGAAAACUUCAACCCCUACUAAGAAACCUGUUAAUUUUGGACCUCCUAGAAGUGCUAGUAAGGUCAAUGUAUCAUCUGCUAAAGAGAAGAAGAGUUCAGAAAGAAAAGAACCACUAUCCAGUGAUUCUGAAUUUAAAGAAGAAGCAGUGAAAGUCACAACUGGUGGCUCAUCUAGGAAGACUGUGAAGGGAAAGAAAGCACAAUUGAAUGUCUGUCCUACUCCCCUUAAUAAUGUGUCCUUUCACUUAGAAGAUGGUUCAUCCAAGUGGAGAUUUAUUUUCUAUAGAAGACUUUCACUUGAAAGAAAUUUGAGCUCUGAUCUUCUGAACUACAAAGUGCUUAUAGAAUUGAUUGAAGCUGCUGGGCUGGUGAAAACUGUUAAGGACUUAGGGAGUUGUUAUGAAAAACUUGUCAAAGAAUUUUUUAUCAACAUUGGUGAAGAUUGUUACGAUCCAGAGAACCCUGAGUAUAGGAAGGUGUGUGUCAGAGGAAGAUGCACUGAGUUCUCCCCUGCUAUUGUGAAUGAUUUUCUUGGUAGAAGUACAAAUGGUGUACAUGAGAUGAAAGUAUCUAAUGAUGAAAUUUUCCAAACUUUCACCAACAAUCAAGUGAGGAAAUGGCCAAGUAAAAUUUUCUCUGCAAAACUCAUUGCCAAGUAUGCUCUGCUGAACAAGAUUGGUGUUGCCAAUUGGGUGCCUACCAGUCACACUUUAGAGGUAUCUAUAAGUAUGGCCAAAUUCAUCUAUGUUAUUGGCACUAGGACUGCGUUUGAUUUUGGUUCAUAUAUCUUUGAUCAAACCUAUAAACAUGCCAAGUCACUUGUUGUGCAAAUGCCUAUUGCAUUUCCCACUCUGAUAUGUGGUAUUAUUUUGAGUCAGCAUCUAGAUAUAUGCAUUGCUGCUGAUGUACCUUGUGCUAGAGAGGCAAAUCUGUCUUUGAACUACAGAUUGUUUAAAGGGUCACAUGCUGCAGACAUUGUUGGACCAUCUGGCAAGAAGUCUAGUGACACUUUGAGUAAACAACAGAUGAUAGCAGACCUGAAGGCAACUAGCAAGGAUCUUGAGGAAAGGAAGCUGUAUGUUGAUCAUGUGAUUCAGGUUUUUGAAGUUGAAGUGGCUAAGGAAGGAGGAUUGGAUGAUGAUGGUACUGUUAUGCAAGUGGAGGGCUCUGAUGAAAGUGCCUCUAUCUGA